GGUGGGAAGGAGCUCGGCCCUGAGGGGAGCGGCGGACUCCGUUGUAGUUCACCCCCGGCCUUUGCUCACCGCGCCGGGGCUCCGCGCCCCUCGUCAGCCCUGCACCGCAGCCUUCACCGGGGAACGGGGUGAGGCGGCGGAAAGCAAACGACUGAGAGCGGUUCGCGGGUCCCGCCGCGGGGAGCGGAGCGAGCGCGGGGCGGCGGUGGAGGCUCCUCCAUCAUGUCGGCGGGCGGGGACUUCGGCAACCCGCUGCGGAAAUUCAAGCUGGUGUUCCUGGGCGAGCAGAGCGUGGGCAAGACUUCCUUGAUCACCAGGUUCAUGUAUGACAGCUUCGACAACACCUACCAGGCAACAAUUGGCAUUGACUUCUUAUCGAAAACCAUGUAUCUGGAGGAUCGAACAAUCAGGUUGCAGCUGUGGGAUACUGCGGGUCAGGAACGUUUCCGUAGCCUCAUUCCCAGUUACAUCCGUGACUCUGCUGCUGCUGUAGUAGUUUACGAUAUCACAAAUGUAAACUCGUUCCAGCAAACAACAAAAUGGAUUGAUGAUGUGAGAACGGAAAGGGGCAGCGACGUCAUCAUCAUGCUGGUGGGAAAUAAAACAGAUCUAGCAGAUAAGAGACAAGUGUCCAUUGAGGAAGGAGAAAGAAAAGCCAAAGAGCUGAAUGUAAUGUUCAUCGAAACUAGUGCAAAAGCAGGAUACAACGUAAAACAGCUUUUCCGACGUGUGGCAGCUGCCUUGCCUGGAAUGGAAAGCACACAAGACAAAAGUAGAGAAGACAUGAUUGACAUCAAACUGGAAAAGCCUCAAGAGCAGCCUGUCAGUGAAGGAGGCUGCUCCUGCUAAUACCAUGUGGCUUCUUCCUUGCUCCAGAACAUCACUGCUUUCCCUCCCUUUACUCUUCAUUGACUGCAGUGUGAAUAUUGGCUUGAACCUUCCCCUUUCAGUAAUAACGUAUUGCAGUUCAUCGUCGCUGGCUGUCUCGUGGAGAUGAUCUCUUAGCUUCACAAGCACACACACACACACAGGAAAAUGUCAGUGUCUUCAUUAUUUAUAAGAAAAAACAAAAAAAAAAGCCAAAAUAUUCCAGCAUAUUCUAGUUAUAACUUAAAAAAAAAAACCACAAAAAAUAGGUACAAUUUCUUAAUAUUUGUUCCUUUUUUUAAUAUGUUAUGAUAUUGCACUUUGAAAUGAUGGCAACUGAGGAAGUUUGGCAUUGGACUUAGAGGAGAUGUGCGUGCAGAAGAACGUGUGGGAAUCUCAAACCCGUUUGGUUUCUCUUUAAUAACCUGGCAAGGACUUAGCGAGCAGUCAGGAACGCAAGAGGAGGGUUAAAUCCUUAUCCUUACAAUAAGAAGAAUAAAAGCAUUAAACCCAAGCUCUUAAAUCUUUUAA